GUCAGCCUCGGAUAUUCAGUGGUGUCGAGUAAAUACAGAGUAAUCACGGACAUUCACUCGAAAAUCGAUUUCAAGUGCAUAUGUUAUCUUCUGGAUUGUCAUCUUGCGGACUUUCACUCACUUGUUACAUUAAAAAAUAAUGUCGCGUCCCAUGAUCCUGGACAACCUCGAUCCCAACGACGUCUACUUCCAGAAAAUUUUGCGUCGCGGAUUAGGCGACGAUACGAUUCAGGAUGUGGUGUUGAUAACAAAAGCACCAGCACUAAAGAAAGGAGAGAAUGACCUCAGUUACUUGACACGAUUCACCCUCAAAUACAGCUGCAGCGUCCUCGAGGGAGUUCACCACAAAAGAGUGCCCAGGGUGGCACAUCUGAUGAUGAAGGAGGAACCAGAUUCCGAAAUGCAAACCUUGGAAGUCAUACGGGACAUGUGUCUCUUUGACACCGAGCGACGUGUUUUGGAGAUUCUACCGAAGAUGGAGGAGCUAGUUGGGAAGCGCUUGGGCCCUAAACUUUAUUAUUCCUCGGAUAAUCCGGACAGUAUUGUUAUGGAGGAUUUGGCGACCCGAGGUUUCCGUAAUAAGAAUCGGAAAAUGGGAUUUAAUGAAGUGGAGAUGUUCCUGGUGUUGGAGAGCAUCGCGGAUUUUCAUGCAGCAUCAGUUUUUAUGAAUGAACAGAAUCCCAACAGCAUGUCUACCUUUUCAAAAGGCUUCUUCAGUACGAGCCUUUCGAAAAGCGUUAUGACGUUCGUCGCCCAAUGCGUGGAGUCCAUUGGAGUUGGAGUUGGUGACUGGGAGGAUCAGAAAUUCGCCCUGAUAUCUGAGAAACUGAAGAAAAAAUCGAGGGAAAUAGUACAGAAACUUCUGCUCGCUUAUCAAUGUGAUGAGGACGAGCUUCGAGUUCUGAAUCAUGGAGACAUGUGGAACAAUAACAUCAUGUUCAAGAACGAUGAAAGUGGAGAACCUCUUGAGGCUUACUUCGUCGAUUAUCAAAUGUGUGUCUGGACAUCUCCUGCGAUCGACCUACUUCAGUUUCUCAACGUUGCUCCGGAACUCGCUAUAAAAAUGACUCAAGACAACAUAUUUUUACAAAAAUACUUAUCACGUUUGUCGAGGACAAUGAAUGCAUUGGGCUGUUCUGGAAACCCUCCAACCCUGGAACAGCUGGAGAAAUCCAUGUUCAAACGUCGAGAGUAUGCACUCCUGGGUCUCUGCUUUUUUUAUCCGAGAAUGGAAGCAGAUGAUGACGAACUGGAAAAUGCAGACGACAUAGUUGGCAACGGAGAAUCGGCAAUAGAUUUCUUGAAGAAUCCAAGGGUUCGAGAAACGAUGGCGAAAGUCCUUCCGAUAUUAGACAAGAGAGGUUAUUUAGAUUGAGUUAUUUCGAUGUAUUCUGGGAAAAAUAUGUAACAAUUGUAACAAUUUCCUCUCCAGCUCCCUGAGUCUCAUUUUCUUCUGUGUUGAGACGCUUUAAUGUCUCCUAUUCCCUAACCCUUCUGUGACAGCCAUUUUUUGUUUCUAAAUUGUGUGUAUUUC